AUGGCUCAGGAUAACAAGAAUCCAGCGCCGGGCAACAAUCCCGCACAACCCAAUAACCCACCACCACCUGCAAAGACAGAUAACCACCCGAAUACACCUGCGUCGAACCCGGCCCCUGCGCCGACUGAAAAUAAGCUAAAGGAUGACAAUAAACCAGACAACACUGAUAAUGCACCGAAACCUUCCCCUCCUUCCCCCGCGAGUACGAAUGACAAGAAGCCCGGUGAGACGGUGAACCUACCGACACUUGGCGCUAGCACGGAAAGCGAGCCAUCAACGACAAAGGAGUCGCAGUCAAGGACUUCCAUUUCUCUUCCCAGCAAUUCUGAUUCAGACAGUGGGCCAGGUUUCUCUUUGCCCACACUUACGGGUAUUCCUCAAAUCCCUACGGCCACGAUCCCGCCUAAAAAGAACGCUCCGUACCUGCAGCAUUCCAACCUGCCGGAGGGAACUGUUUUCAUUGGCGUGGGAGCGGGACUUGGACUUAUUUUUGUCGCUGUGUUUGCUUGGCGUGCACUCGUUGCUUGGUCAAUCAACCGCUCCGUUCGCCGUGCUGCAACCGCACACCAAACAGACGCCGCAGCUGCCCUUCUCAACCCGUCCAAGCGCAAGAGCAAGGCCUACCGCCAAUCCAGAGGUGGAUCCAUGUCCCUUGAGAAACUCCACAGCGGAAACACGUCUAGCAACCGACACUCUGCUCUUCACCGCAAAAGCCAACCGCCAAAUUCCAGUCUUUUCUUCUCCCCGACUGCCGGAGCGAGCAAUUUGCACGCUUCCGGCAACAGAGCCUCAGGAUAUCUCCCGGCAGGCUAUUAUGCAGCUAGCGGGGCCACUCCUGGCUCGGGAGCAGGCCUUCAACACAGCACAUCCUCAAUUGGCCUUGCUCCUCUUGGUCCCCAAUCACAAGGCUACUCACGAACAAGGUCUACAGGGCCAACGCCUCCCGACUCGCCUGCUCUAUCACCUAACGCGCGGAGAUAUGAACAAACUCAUCCAUCUACAAGCAGUGUAAACCUCUCGUCACCUCCACAGGGCCGCGCACCCAGCGCAUACCUCGAAGACCUCUUCGAAAACCACCCUACAGGCCCUCAGCGAUAAUCUCGCUCGUAUAUAUAUAACGCUAUAAUAUCCCCUUUAUGCCCCCUUAGAUAUCCUAAUCCAUUCUAUUUGCUCUAUCUAGACAGCUACAUCUUGUCUGAUUAUUUUGGCAGUCAUUUUCCCACCAGUUCCGUCUACUUAUCUCACCUUGUGAGCAUGCUUGAGUUGAGCUAUUUGAGAUUUAAGGUCUAUCAGGAGUUACUGGUUUCUGUGUUCUAUUGUUUUGUUUGCUUCAUGGUUGAUUGGUUUAUGGUUUAUUCUAGGUAUUUUUACUUAUACUAUUGAAGUAAAAGAGAGAUCGACUUUGAUCUUUGGAUUCGUAUCACAUCUUCC